AACCGAGUCUCCGACUCUAUUUCAUAUUUUAUUAUUUUUAUUUACUUAAUGGUUUUGAUUUACUCGAUUUCGCCGGCAGCCUAUCAUUGUCCCUGACCGACAAAAACUAAGGCCAGACAAAAGAGCCGGAGCUGGAAAAUGAUUACGUGGAUCCGCAGUGGGCCCAUGUGUCCCCUGCAACGAAGGCAAGAUGGCGUCACGUGGUCCCACGGUGCCACCCCUGGGCGUUACAUUUCCUACGACACAUACGUUACAAAUGUCCAAAAACAGCAAUGCCCAUCCAAACAAAAGACGAAAAAAGGAUAUAAAGUCCGGCUUCCACGUGUGCGAUCCUACGUGGCUUGUGGGCCCUCCUACCUCUGCGCAAAACUCCCGCAUGAUGUCCUUGCUAUAUAAACCCACCCCUCCUCGCCCUUCUCAAAGAUCACACACAACAACUUCAUUUUUCAAUCAAAAUUAACAUAUAUCCAUUUCUUCUCCUCCAAUUCUCGAGUUUGAUUUGUGUUUGACCAUGGCUGUUGACUCCUCUCCCCCGCCGGUCAACGAGAAAUUCGUUAAGACUCUCAAUUUCAUCGAGGAGAUGACCAAGACCACCGAUCUCGUGCAAGAGAAGGUGCUCGCCGAGAUACUCGCCCAAAACGCCCGCACUGAAUACCUCGAGCGCUUCAAUCUCGGCGGCGCCACCGACCGCCACGCCUUCAAGUCCAAGGUUCCGGUCGUCACGUACGAGGAUCUUCAGCCGGAGAUCCAACGCAUCGCCAAUGGCGACCGCUCCCCUAUCCUUUGCUCUUAUCCCAUCUCUGAGUUUCUUACUAGUUCCGGUACAUCAGCCGGUGAGAGGAAGCUGAUGCCGACGAUCCGGGAAGAGAUGGACCGGCGACAGAUGUUGUACAGCCUUCUCAUGCCGGUGAUGAAUUUAUAUGUCCCCGGCCUCGACAAAGGGAAAGGGCUCUACUUCCUAUUCAUCAAGGCCGAGACCAAGACCCCCGGCGGUCUGGUCGCCCGCCCGGUUCUCACGAGCUACUACAAGAGUGAGCAAUUCAAGAACCGGCCGGUCGACCCCUACAACGUUUACACCAGCCCGGACGAGGCCAUCCUCUGCGUCGAUUCAUUCCAAAGCAUGUACACUCAGAUGCUCUGCGGCCUCCUCAUGCGUGAGGAGGUCCUCCGUGUCGGGGCGGUUUUCGCCUCCGGUCUGCUCCGGGCCAUCAAGUUCCUCACUCUCAAUUGGAGACCGCUCGCCCACGACAUCGCCACCGGUUCACUAAACCCUAAGAUAACCGACCCGGCCAUUCAGGAGCGCAUGGCUAAGAUUCUGAAACCUAAUCCAGAACUCGCCCAGUUUAUUGUGGGAGAGUGCGAGGGUGAGAACUGGGAGAGGAUCAUCCCCAGAAUCUGGCCCAGCACCAAGUAUCUUGACGUGAUCGUGACUGGUGCUAUGGCACAGUACAUCCCACUCCUCGAUUUCUACAGCGGCGGCCUCCCGCAGGCAUGCACGAUGUAUGCCUCCUCGGAGUGCUACUUUGGUCUCAACCUGAAGCCUAUGACGAAGCCGUCGGAGGUGUCGUACACCAUCAUGCCCAACAUGGGAUACUUUGAGUUCAUCCCCCACGACGACCAAGCCCCACCCACGACCAGGUCCGUCUCUGGUGUGCCGCCGCGGCCGCUGGUGGAGCUGGCGGAUGUGGAGGUCGGGAAGGAGUACGAACUGGUGGUGACCACCUACUCCGGGCUGUGCCGCUACCGCGUGGGAGACGUCCUCCGCGUCACGGGCUACCACAACGCGGCGCCGCAGUUCAAGUUUGUGCGGCGGAAGAACGUGCUCCUCAGCAUCGACGCCGACAAGACGGACGAGCUGGAGCUCCAGAGGGCGGUGGAAAGCGCCGCGGCGCUUCUGAGGGAGCACGGCGCGGCGGUUGUGGAGUUCACGAGCUACGCGGACACGAGCUCGAUCCCCGGGCACUACGUAAUCUACUGGGAGCUGUCCGUUAAGGGCAAGGCGCCAGGCGGCGAGGUUAUGGCGGAGUGCUGCCUGGCGAUGGAAGAGUCGAUGAACACGGUGUACCGGCAGUGCCGGGUGGCGGAUAACUCGGUGGGGCCGCUCGAGAUUAGGGUUGUGAGUAGCGGCACGUUUGAGGAGUUGAUGGAUUAUGCAAUCUCGAGGGGCGCGUCGAUCAACCAGUACAAGGCUCCGAGGUGCGUGAGCUACACGCCCAUCGUGGAGCUGCUCGAUGCGAGGGUGCUGUCGGCACAUUUCAGCCCCAAGGCGCCACGCUGGACGCCGGAGCGGCGGGUUUGAUGGUGGUGCCGAUUUUAAGCUCUAGUGUUUGGAAUAAAGGUUAAGCUUAUUGUUUCUGUUUGAUUUGGAUUGUGAAUCUGUGAUCUAUGUUUUAUCUUUUCUUUUGUAAUUGCAAAUUUUGUGCUUAGAUUCAAAUAAAUCUAUAUGUGAAUUGUGAAAGAUAUGCUGAAAGCUUUGUCAAAAGUUGGAGAAAGAAGGGUGUUGAUUUUGGGUAAUGUUAGUGUUGUUGAGCACUUCCAAGAUUCACUCGUG